AUGAGCAACGAGACCAUCUCCGACUUUCUUGCCGAGCAGCGCGAUGAAGCUCCCGAGGAGCUCCAGCCUCUCAUUCUCGACUUUGAGAACUUCUGGGAGCGCAAGCUUUGGCACCAGCUCACUGACGCCCUCGUCGAGUUCUUCAGCCACCCCGAGAGCGCCCGUCAACGACUACCAUUCUACAGAGUCUUCAUUCUCAAGUUUGCCGACAAGAUCAACCAGUUGAAGCUUGUGGAUCUAGCAUUGAAAGCAGCAACAGAAUGUGAAGACGAGCAGCGCCUUUCUUUCCUGCAAUCAGUCGCCAAGAAGGUUGAUAACGAGAAUUCUCGGGAUGCUUAUGUCUAUGCCUUGGUUGCUGUCGCCCAAGCAAAGCUGGACUUGGAGGAGCUAGAUUCUGCGCGAAAGGACCUGGAUACAGCCGAGCGGAUAUUGGAUUCUUUCGACUCUGUAGAGAAUGUGGUCCAUGCUGCUUUCUAUGAUGCAAAUGCCAUAUACUACCAGCGCAAGAUGGACUUCUCCAACUACUACCGCACUGCUCUCCUCUACCUCGCUUGCAUCGACCUCAGCGCAAUGACUCCUGAGGAGCGACACAAGAGAGCCUACCACCUCAGUAUUGCUGCUCUUGUUUCAACAAGCAUCUACAACUUCGGAGAGCUCCUGCUCCACCCCAUCCUUGACGUGCUCGCCAAGAGCGAGCAUGCUUGGAUGCGUGAUCUGCUAUUUGCCUUCAACCGCGGAGAUCUCGACGCUUAUGACCAACUUUCUGAUCGCGUCGAGUCCAACAAGCUUCUUAAGAACAACGCCACGCAUCUUCGACAAAAGAUCUACCUUUCCGCAUUGACUGAGGCUGUCUUCCGCCGUCCUCCCCACGACCGCACCCUCACUUUUGCCACUAUCGCUCAGGAGACUAAGGUCCGACCCGAAGAGAUCGAGCAUCUCAUUAUGAAGGCUCUUAGCCUAGGUCUGUUGCGGGGAACUAUUGACCAAGUGGACGGCGUUGCUCAAAUUACCUGGGUUCAGCCCAAGGUGCUCGACAUGAAGCAAAUCGCGGCAAUGCGCCAGCGCCUGCUUGACUGGGACUCGAGCGUCAACCAACUCGGUAACUGGAUCGAGUCGGCUGGCAAGGAUGUGUGGGCUGCGUAG